AAUUACUUUUUAUUGUUUUAACAAAGUUUUUAUCAUAAAUGUAACAAGUUCUCAUUUUUUUUCGAUGUCAGUUUCUUCACGUAAUUGACAAUGAUUUGGAUUCGAGUGUGGCUGUCUCUCCUGAUACUUGAAGCAGUUCUAGCUCAGAGCCCCCGAACCAGGAGAAAGAAAAUAGUGGAAAUGGAAAUAUCAACUGCUUGCUCCAGAUGUUCAUUCUGUGAGAGAAGUCCUGGAUUAGCGGACAAAAGUUGGUGUGCUAAAAUGUGUGAAAGAUGCCAAGAGGGUAAAUCUGAUAUUUCUCCACAAUCAACUUGUGCCUAUUGUCAAAACUGUACAUCUAGUUUGGUCACAGCUUCUGCAGCAUUAUGUGAGAACAAUUGUUAUAAAUGUUCUGAGAGACUGAAAGAAAAUGGUGAUAACGUUGAAGAAAGGUGCAACGUUUGCUGGAACAGAUGUACUCCUGCUUGGACGUUCAAAUUACCGCCAGAUAUGUGUGAGAAUUUAUGCAAGAACUGUAAGAAAAGGAAGAUAGGAAAGGGGAAGAAGGAGGGUGAAGAGCGAAGGAGAACAACAACAGUAACAAACGAAAACGAAUCAACAACAGAAUGUUUAUCAACAAAAAAAACAACACCUAGACCUAGAUUAAAGUCCAUGGCCUGUAGAUAUUGCAUUAUUUGCAUCAAUAGGAGAAUCGUAAAAAAGGAGCCGUGGUGCAGACGUAGUUGUUUCGUUUGUAAAAGAGAAAGAAAACAAAAAAGAACAACUACAAAAGCAACAACUUCAACUACGACAACCACGGAAACAACAACAACCACAACAACCACAACAACAACAACCUCAACAACCACAACAACAACACCAGCAACCACAACAACAACAACAACAACAACACCAGCAACCACACCAACAACAACCACAAUUACAACAACAACCACACCAACAACCACAACAACAACAAUAACCGCAACAACAUUUACAACAACACCGAAAUUUAUUCCCACAACCGUUAUUGAUUGCCUACCCUGUAAACGCUGUCAGUUACAAAAUUUCUUCAACCAAGGUGUUUGUCUCCGAGUGUGCCAGGGUUGUCCUCCCAAUAUAUUUCAAAUAACCAUUAAACCAUCAGAUCCUACAACAACAACAACAACAACAACAACAACUACAUCAUCACCUGUGGCUACAACAACAACAACUCCAACAACAACUACAUCAUCACCUGUGGCUACAACAACAACUACAUUUUUAACUCAGGUUACUUGCAGGAUCUGCAACAGCUGCCGUAGUGUCCCUUUUAUCAAAGAAACAGUGUAUUGCAAAACAUACUGUGAAAAAUGUCAACAAUUGAUAACAUCAGUUGAAUCAACCGCUGUAUCUGUGUCGACGGAGUCACCUGAAGAUAAAACCUGUGAGAACUUGAUAACUGAAGAAGCCUGCAGGGAACUACACUCUAUUUACGAACAAUAUAAUCAGAAGAAAGAUAUUUGCAGAAAAGAGUAUUUCAAAGGUGUUUGCAGAGCAUACUGUCAUGUUCUAACUAAAACAUGUGAUGAACCUGCAGUGAAGAUUAAAGAUGUAACUAACCUGAACCAGUGCACCAGCUUGGAUAAUCACUGUGCUCAGGAGGUGGCUGAACUACUUGAGGGUAUUAAUGACUCAACAAACAAAGCUGAAAACUUUCCUUUCAAAGAGGCGCAGUAUCUUUGCUUGCAGGGGAAUGCGUUCUUCAGACCUGUUUGUCCAGGCUUCUGUAAUAUAUGUGUUGAACCCACAGAGAUCACCAGGACACCCAACCUAACAUCUUCCAUUGCUACUACGUCAACAGUACGGUUAACUACAGCUACUAAUUCAGGGACUACUCCUACUACUACUACAUGGACUACUCCUGCUACUACUGCUACAACAAAAAAUACCCCAGGGGUUACCACUGCUACUGGUACACCAAAAGAUACCCCUGAUGCCAGCACAACUCCAGCUCCUGCUGAAGAAUCCUGCAAAGAUGUAAAAGAAUGCAUGCUCAGGUUUUUCGCUGAAGCUUGGACAAUGUUUGAUAGAUGCUUGAAGGAAAAAAUCGUUAGAGUAUUUUAAUAAAACGGAUCCUGCAAUUACAAA